UAGGGUUAAACAUCAGAAGACAAGCUUGUGCGGCUUCGGCCAAUCAGAUCCGCCCUGCCAGCUAUAAUAUAGUACUGAAGACAGCCUCUCGCACAAGCUCUCAGGCUUGCUACCAUUUAAAAUCAGACUCUUUUUGUCUUCUGCCGGCUGUCUUGAGCCCCAACUCCGAUGCGUUCCGUUAUCAGCGGCCAGCAGCCUGCCGUCCCAGCCCCCGUCUGGGUGCGGAUCGGUGGCGAGUCCCCCGCAGCGGCGGCGGCGGGCAAGGUUAUAUAGGAAAAGAAAGAGCGAGGCAGGGCGCGCGGGCGCCAGCAGCCAGCCGGAGCGAGGGAGGCAGAGCGCGCACACUCGCACACCCGCACCCUCGCGCACUCGGACCUGCGCCGGCCGGCCGCCAGGUCCCCGGGCUCCAUGGACGAGAUGCUGCUGCUGGCGAGAUGUCUCCUGGUGCUGCUGGUCUCCUCGCUGUUGAUGUGCUCGGGGCUGGCGUGCGGACCCGGCAGGGGAUUUGGCAAGAGGCGGAACCCCAAAAAGCUGACCCCUUUAGCCUACAAGCAGUUUAUCCCCAACGUGGCCGAGAAGACCCUAGGGGCCAGUGGAAGAUACGAGGGGAAGAUCACCAGAAACUCAGAGCGAUUUAAGGAACUCACCCCCAAUUACAACCCCGACAUCAUAUUUAAGGAUGAGGAAAACACUGGAGCGGACCGGCUGAUGACUCAGAGGUGCAAGGACAAGCUGAACGCCUUAGCCAUCUCCGUGAUGAACCAAUGGCCGGGCGUGAAGCUGCGGGUGACUGAGGGCUGGGAUGAGGACGGCCACCACUCGGAGGAGUCGCUGCACUACGAGGGCCGCGCCGUGGACAUCACCACCUCGGACCGCGACCGCAGCAAGUACGGCAUGCUGGCGCGCCUGGCCGUGGAGGCCGGCUUCGACUGGGUCUACUACGAGUCCAAGGCGCACAUCCACUGCUCCGUGAAAGCAGAGAACUCGGUGGCGGCCAAGUCGGGCGGCUGCUUCCCGGGCUCGGCCACGGUGCAUCUGGAGCAGGGCGGCACCAAGCUGGUGAAGGACCUGCGGCCCGGGGACCGCGUGCUGGCGGCCGACGACGAGGGCCGGCUGCUCUACAGCGACUUCCUCACCUUCCUGGACCGCGACCGUGGCGCCAAGAAGGUCUUCUACGCCAUCGAGACGCGGGAGCCUCGCGAGCGCCUGCUGCUCACCGCCGCGCACCUGCUCUUUGUGGCGCCGCACAAUGGCUCGGCCGCAGGGGCGCCCGAGGGGGCGGCGGCAGCGGCGGGCGGGGGCGCGCCAGGGCGCCGGGCGCUUUUCGCCAGCCGCGUGCGGCCGGGCCAGCACGUGUACGUGGUGGCCGAGCGCGGCGGGGCCCGGCGGCUGCUGCCCGCCGCGGUGCACAGCGUGACGCUGCGCGAGGAGACGGCGGGCGCCUACGCACCGCUCACGGCACACGGGACCAUCCUCAUCAACCGGGUGCUGGCCUCGUGCUACGCGGUCAUCGAGGAGCAUAGCUGGGCGCACGGGGCCUUCGCGCCCUACCGCCUGGCGCACGCGCUCCUGGCCGCGCUGGCGCCCGGGCGCACGGACCGCGGCGGGGCCGGCGACGGCGGGGGCGGCGGCCGAGUCCCCCCGCCCGUGCCGGGGGCGGCCGACGCGCCGGGCGCCGCGGGCAUCCACUGGUACUCGGAGCUGCUCUACCAAAUAGGCACCUGGCUGUUGGACAGCGAGGCCUUGCACCCGCUGGGUAUGGCGGUCAAGUCCAGCUGAAGGCCACGGGGGCCGGGGAGGGCACCGGGGUGGGGUGGGCCGGGGCGGGGCGGGGCGGGUGGGGGGGCCGGACACCGCAAAGGACACACGGAAACAGCGCACGCAAUGAGACUUUAAUUAUAAUAAGAGUAAGAAUAAGAAUAAAGUAGGACAGUCCAAAGUAGACUAUAAGGAAUCAAAGACCCCAAGAAAUUCUGUCGUCUUUAGUUUAUAUAUAUAUAUUUUUUUGAAUUUUUUGAUUCUUGUUUUAAUUUUGGUUAUUUUUUUUUCACCUCUCCUGGCUAUUUAUUUGUUUGGUAUGAAUAGAUGUUUUAAAAUAAUAUGAACCGGACCUUCAAGAGCCUUAAAUAGUUUGUUUCUUGGAUAAUUUAUUAUUAUCAUGUGAACUGUACUCACGGGGGAAAGAUUAUUUUGUGAGGCCAAGCCACCCGCUCAGAGUCUAUUUUUCUACAUGCCCCUCGUCCUGACUUUCAGAAAGCAGAAUUCUGUCCUCUCCACUCCUCCUUUGCAACGCUCCUGCUUUUCGGCAAAUGUAAACUAAAACAUGCUUCAUGGGGGUCCACAAAUUAUAUUUUUAUACACAGAAUUGUAAAUUAGAUUUUUGAGAGAUCAAUACUUAACUGAAUUACAUUUCAUUUUUGAAAUAGUGUAAAAUAUGAAAAUAUAUUAUUUUAAUUUAACUAGCUUCCAAUGUCACAGCCAUCUCCUGUAUUGUCUUCUGGGUUUAAUAUUUGCUUUGUCAUCACCAUUUUGGCCACAUUCUUGGAAGUCAAGACUGUUACACACUCACUCACACACACAUACUUUUUUUUUUCUUGGACAAACUGGAAGAACUCUGUUAUUUUUAACUUCAAAGAAUUUAUUAGAAAAUAAUAUUUUUUAAAAGCGCACAUAGUGAUGAGCCCACAAGAAUGGAGCCUGUAGUUUGUACAGAGAAAAACAAAGGAUGUUUUUGCAUUAAUAAGUUGAGAAAUAACUGCUGUAAAUUUACUAAAAUGUAUUUUUGAAUAUUUUGUAAUAGUUUUAUAGAAAUAAAAUGUGCCGCGCACAGACUGGUUAGUGUAUAAUCACUAAGAAUUCCUGUUGCAGCCCUUUUUCUUCGCUUUUUUUGGCUUCUUUAUUUGGGUAACCUAGUGCUAACAGGAGUUCCCAGUAUUGUAUUUAGACGUUUUGCUCAAACUGUGAGUUCAAAUCAACUUGCUUAGGGAACCAAAGCAGGUAACCAAAUUGACUUGUUUGUUUUGGUCACUGGAGAAAGCUCAGCUCUGUUUGUGUUUAUUGUGUGACAGUUGCUCUGCUCCGAGGAUGGCGGUGCGGGGCUGGGUACCGCUCAGCGCUCGCCGCCCCCAGGGUAACGCGGCCGAGGGGCUCGGUCACCCAGGGCUUCCUCCCCAGGCCCCGUGUCGCCGUUGCUGACUCUGUUCCCCCAGCUCGGUUGCCCCGGGUUGGGGGUGCACCGCCCUGGCCUUGCAGGGAGAAGGUCCUUCACUGCUUUCUGAAGUCCUGGGGUGCCCUUUUGAGAAGGGUCCCCAAGGAGAGGGCCACGCACUGCCCACAUGCUCCGCGCCUGCUUGGUGUGGAUGCUGGCCUUCCCACCUUGCCUGCAGACCCUUAGAGCCUUGGGGUGCUGGGGUCCUCGGGCCACGCCGGUGUCUCCAGCUGUCUCGAGUGGUGCCAGGUGAGGGCCUUUGUCCCCAGGUCACAGCCCUCCUUCCAUGAGUGGCCCGUGCCCCACGCCAGCAGGGCCAGACCAGGCCCCCACGGCUGCUGCUUGGCUGCCCCGGCCGGUCAGUCUGGGGGCUUCCGUUCAGUGAAGACCGCGGUAACGCUGGGCGCUCUGAGCCCCAGUGCCUGUGCAAGCCUGGCUUUGCACAGGUGUGUGGGCCUCCGGGCUUCUCAGCGGAUGUGACGUGUUUGGAGGCCGGCCUGGGGCGAGGGCACAGGCCUGAAGCUGAUGGCCCUGGGCCCCCCUCCAUCCCACCAGGGCAAGGUCUGGGGAAGCCGCUCCUGAGGCCCUCGGGGGCCUCUGUGCUCCAGGCCUGGUGAGGUGUGGCUUUUCCAGGAGGCCGGGGCCCCGAUGGACAGGGCUGGGGCCAGAGCUAGCUGUCCAGGCAGGAGCGGUCCCUGGUUCUCCCUGGUCUCCUCAGGGGUCAGCCAGGUUACAAGCCCUGCUGAAUCAAGGUUUCUGCUCUGGUGACUGCUCAAGUCUGAGUGUUCAGUUAACCGGGAGCACCAGGAACACGGUGGGCUCGGGCCUGGGCGACCCCCGACUCUUUAGCGGUCAGAGAGAGGUCAGGCCCCCUCCUGGCCGGACGAGGUGGUCCCGCCCCUCAGGGGUCCCACCUUUCAAGGCCCUUCCUAGCUUCGUGGUGAGAAUUCUCUUUUCCACCUCCACCGCACCCGGCAAGGAUCCGCGCAGCCUGACGCCGGCCCAGGGCCCACUUCUCGGGGUCGGGGGGGACGGGACUGACCGUUGGUUGCCAGGGUGAGCGUGGUCUCACCGCCUGCCUCCCUCGUGGCUAAAUGCACGUCUGUUCAUCCAACACGCGCAUCAGAAUGUACUUGAA